CUCUUCCUCCCUCUCUGUCUCCCUCCCAUUCUACCCUCUCUCAACCACCACCCCCACCAUGGCCCAAACCACCCCUCCCACGGCAUUCAAAGCCGAACAGACCUUCCUAGCCUACAACCAAGCGCAAGCGCAAGCCUACGCGCACGGCCGCCCAGACUACCACGCGAACCUCUACGCCGCGGUGCUCGAGCACCACACCUCGACAGGCGGACAGCUAGACACGAUAAUCGACCUGGGAUGCGGACCAGGCAACGUGGCGCGGGCUCUCGCGCCACAUUUCCGACACGCGAUCGGACUGGACCCGUCCCCGGGGAUGGUGGAAGCAGCGCGGGCGCAAGGUGGGGUGACCGGGACCUCCGAAGGGAUCCGAUACGAGGUCUGCAGCGCCGAAGACCUGGGGGCGUCUCUGUCGCCCGCGGUGGGCGCGCACAGCGUGGACCUGAUCACGGCGGCGAACGCGGCGCACUGGUUCGACAUGGACCAGUUCUGGGCCAGCGCGGCGCGGGUGCUCAAGCCUGGGGGUAGUGUGAUUGUGUGGACGACGGGCGAGCUGCGGUUUCAUCCGUCCAUGCCGAAUGCAGCGAAGAUUCAGACCACCCUGGAUGAGAUGCAGGAUACCGAGCUGAAGCCGUACUUUGUUCCUGGCAAUGUGCUCGUGCGGUCGAGGUAUGAGGGGUUGGUGUUGCCGUGGCAGUUGGAGAAGCCGGUCGAGGAGUUUCCCGAGCGGGGGUUUGUGCGCAGGGAGUGGGAUGUCGGGGAGAGUUUCCACGAUGAGUUGCCUCAGGUGGGGAUGGAUCGGUAUGAGAGUAUCGUGAGCACGAUUAGUCCGGUGACGAGGUGGCGGGAGGCGCAUCCCGAGACGGUGGGGACGGAGGAGGAUUAUGUGCGGAGAUGUCGGCGGGCGAUUGAGCGGUUGUUGCAGGAGGCGGGGGUCAAGAAGGGGGAGGAGAAGAUUAAGGGGGCGAUGCAGGGGGUGGUGUUGGUGGUGAAGAGGGUGUAG